AUGCUGGAAAACCUCUGCACUCUUCCGCUCUCAGCGGAUCUGUUUACUCAGGUCUUGCACCCGUCCGAGCCGCUGCUCACAGUCGGCCUGGCCAGCGGCAAAGUUGAGACCUUUCGCCUGCCGAACGAUGACGACGAGGAGGAUGAAAGCGGCCGCCGGACCAGCACCAGCAGCGGACGCGGUAUGAUUAAGAGUAUCUGGAGCACCCGCCGCCACAAGGGCAGCUGCCGGCAUCUCGCAUACAGCCAUGAUGGCUCAGCCAUGUACUCUGCCGGCACCGACUCCGUGGUCAAGCACUUCUCGCCCGAGACCGGCAAUGUCAUCUCCAAGAUUGGCCUCCCUCCCCGCAACAGCGCGACAAGCACGACCGAUUGCCCUGCCAUCCUCCAUGUCCUGUCGCCUCAGACCCUCCUUCUCGGUACUGACUCUGGCGGCCUCUACAUCUUCGACUUGCGCGAAAACGGUAGCCUGAAUCCUAAGCCAGUGCGAAAGCAUGUGCCGCACGCCGAUUACAUCUCCAGCAUUACUCCUUUGCCUGCCUCGGCUGAGAGCACCUCUGGGUUUCCCAAACAGUGGGUCUCCACCGGAGGCACCACGCUUGCCGUCACCGACCUUAGGCACGGAAUUGUCGCGACUUCAGAAGACCAAGAAGACGAACUGCUCUGCUCCACCAUCAUCCCGACCGGUCUUGGGCCUAAGAAGAUGCGUAGCAAUGCUGUGGUGGCAGUUGGCACCGGUAAUGGAAUCUUGACGCUGUGGGACCGCGGCGCCUGGGACGAUCAGCAGGAGCGUAUCAACGUUGCUGGUGGCCGGACUAAAAAGGACGGCGAGAGUCUGGAUGCCAUUGUUCGCGUUCCCGACGAGCUUGGCUGGGGCAAAAAGGUCAUCGUUGGUGUUGGUGAUGGUAGCCUGAGUAUUGUCGACCUCAAGAGACGCGAGGUGCAGUUUGUGCUCAAACACGAUGAGGUCGAGGGGGUCUCUGCCUUAACCUUUGACUACCAGAACAGGCUUAUUAGUGGCGGCGGCAGAACGGUCAAGGUUUGGGCUGAAUCUGGAGACGACGACCUUGACGAAGAGGAAGAGGAGGAGGCGGAAGCCACUGGCUUCAAGAGACCGGCCCGGAGCGAUUCUGACUCUGACGAUGACAGUGAGGACGAACGCCCGCAAAAAUCAUCCAACAAGAAGCAGAAAAAGGGAAAGGGUAACCAGGCGAGGAGUGUGGCUUUCCCGGGCUUAGACUGA